AUGACUCUCCAGCCCCCCGUCCGGCUGGCGCACAGUCAGAUCCACAGCAUCCGGGACCUCCAGCGACUCCUGGAGAUAGACUCCGUAGGGGCCGAGGAUGCUCUGGAAAGCAGCCUGAGGGCCCACGGGGGCCGCGCCCCCAAGCACACGCCCGAGAAGCGGCCUGUGCCCGUGCGGAGGAAGAGAAGCAUCGAGGAAGCCGUCCCCGCCGUCUGCAAGACCAGGACGGUCAUUUAUGAGAUACCUCGGAGCCAGGUGGACCCCACGUCCGCCAACUUCCUGAUCUGGCCCCCGUGCGUGGAGGUGAAACGCUGCACCGGCUGCUGCAACACCAGCAGCGUCAAGUGCCAGCCGUCACGCGUGCACCACCGCAGCGUCAAGGUGGCCAAGGUGGAGUACAUCAGGAAGAAGCCAAAGUUAAAAGAAGUGCAGGUGCGACUGGAGGAGCACCUGGAGUGCACCUGCACGCCCACCGGCCCGAGCCCCGACUUCCGCGAGGAGGAGACAGGAAGGCGUAGGGAGUCAGGUAAAAAGCGGAAAAGAAAAAGGUUAAAACCCACCUAACGAGCCAACCAGAUGUGAGGUGAGGAUAAGCUAGCGGCCCUUUCCCGGGACACGGAUGUACAUGGCGUGUUACAUUCCUGAACCUACUAUGUACGGUGCUUACUGCCAGCGUGCGGUCUUUGUUCUCCUCCGUGAAAAACUGUCUCCACGCGCACCCUGGAGAACAAAGAGACAGUGUACGUCUGUUUAACGUGACAUCAAAGCGAGUAUUGUGGCGCUGGGCGAGCCGCUCAGAGCUUCCUUGUCCAGAACAGCGCGCAGAACCGAGCGGCUCCGACACGCUUCCCCCGCCGCGGGGAUGGAGGGCGCCUGGGACGGCAGCGACGGACGCCACGCGGAUGGACUUCUGUCCGGGUCACAGGUGCUUUGCCAAGGACACGGUGGACCCGCUCUUGGCGAGGACAGGCCGGCGCCGCGGCCGCCGGGGCACAGGAGCCUCUCGGAGCCGCCGCGGCCGUAGGAGCCGCAUCUCCUUGCUGUAGUGUUUAAGUCUAUACCGAACCUUUCUGAGAGCCUUAAGUGGGUUUUUUUUUACACCAUAAAGUGAUUAUUAAGCUUUCCUUUUUACUCUUUGCCUAGCUUUUUUUUUUUUUUUUAAAUUAUCUCUUGGAUGACAUUGACACCGGUAACACCAGGCUGCUGUAACUGCCGGGACAGCGAGACGGUACCUUUCCCAGCAGGAUGCGAGCGAACGCGAUGUAUUAAAUAAACAUGGUAUACCCGCCUACGAGCAUUUCCUAGAUGUUUCUGGCUGCACGUGCUUCCCCUGGCCCCACCUCGUUUUGCUUUUUAAUUUAAGCCACACUGAGAGAACCAUGCGUGAAUCAAUCAGCCGCCACCUGCCCGCCCCCAGCGCUCCCCGCUCCUGCGGGCGUGGCCGGGGAGGCGGCUCCCGCUGCCCCUGUCAGGACACAACCCAAAUUCUUUAUUUUUGGUAAGAUGUUACGCUUCCGUGUACUCAAGAGAAACGUGUGUGUGUUGCUUUUCGUUUUUGUUUGUAAAGGUCAUGUUUGUAUUUUUAUCUAAUAUUACCAGUUUUAUA